GGGUGACUGCUGUUGGCUCGUAGGAGCCAUCCAGGAGGAAGAAGUUCCCUUCUGGGGUGUUUGGGGAAUUACUUUCUGUUUCUUGUCUUCCAGUUGUAGCUUCUUCAGGUUGAACUUGGAGCUCAGUUUCCCUUACUUCUCUCUUACACGAACAAGUCCCGCGAUCGUUUUCUGUUCUGUGUUAUGAAGCGUGUGACCUGGCCGGCGAUGGAUUUAGGUAUAUAGAAGCGGUGAAGGGUUUAAAAGAAGUAACUUCGGGAGAUUGGAUUCUCCUCACGCACCGUCUCUUGCCGAGUAUAUUGCGUUAAUCUGCCUUACAUCGCUUACGGCUUGCCCUUGGUGAAAUAUAAGGAUAAAAAGAAAACGAGUUUGCCUGGUACAGACUUACUGUUUUUAAGGACGGUGGGUAGGGGGUGUGAAGAGAACCAAAUACAAUUGAUUUCUCUUCGGAUGCCCCUGAAUGGGAAUGUGUGGAAGCUGAAGGCCCAGCAUGAUAGGCAAUUGACUGAAUGGACUUCUGCGUCAUGAGAAGGUGGGAGAAAUAGUCCCCUCGCUCCUUUAAACUUUUCUGGAGAUCUGUCCCUUCUCCUCGUUACAGGAUAUCAUGUCUCAGGAAAGCAAGCAUGGGAAAUGGACAGUGUCCAGUAGUGAUGACAGUAUGGACGAGUUAGCUGAUUGUGAGAAGCCUUCUACCUCUGCGAUGCAGAGAGGUCAGGAACGUAAAGAGAGUGCCCCCCCUUACUUUUGCUCAGAGGCAAGGAAAACUGCUCAUAAGAGAAAAAUGUCUCCCCUGAAAUAUGUAGAUGGGAACUUUCUACAGGAGGAAGCCUCAAAUCAGAAACAGAAACUUCCUGGGGAAGACUUUGGCUGGUGUCUUUCCAGUAGUGAAGAUGAGGAUCUUAAAAACCCAAGCAGAAAUAGGGAUGCAAUUACCACAGUCAGAAAAGCAGACAGUGGUACUCCUGUGGAGCUAGCAACAGCUUGUAAGAUUUCAUCAAGUCACAAGCCUGCAGACACAUCUGAAGUGCAGGACACUUGGGAUCUGUUGAACGGACAGAACCCUUUCAGAUUCUUCCUCACUAAAGUCAAAGGAAUUAAGUCAAAGUACAACUCUGGAGCCCUUCAUAUAAAAGAUAUUUUAUCUCCUCUUUUUGGGACUCUUAUAUCUUCUGCUCAGUUUAACUAUUGUAUAGAUGUGGAAUGGCUGGUCAAACAAUAUCCAAAGGAAUUCAGAGACAAACCUUUAUUAAUAGUCCAUGGAGAGAAACGAGAAUCUAAAGCUGAGCUACAUGAAAAUGCUCACCCAUACAAAAAUGUUCGUUUAUGCCAGGCGAAGUUGGAUAUUGCCUUUGGAACCCACCACACGUGCCAGUUUCUAAGGCAACCUAACUGUUUGGAGGAAAACUCCAGGGUAAUGAAAAUGAUGUUGUUGAAUUAUGAGGAAGGCCUUCGAGUCGUGAUACAUACAUCCAAUCUUAUUGAUGAAGAUUGGUUCCAGAAAACACAAGGAAUAUGGCUAAGUCCUUUGUAUCCAAGAUUGCCUCCUGGGAGUGCUGAGUCUGAUGGUGAAUCUCAUACGCAUUUUAAGUCUGAUCUGAUAAGCUAUUUGGUAUCUUAUAAAUCUGCUACUCUGAAUGAGUGGGUUGAAAUAAUUAAGCGACACGAUCUUUCAGAAACAAGAGUAUAUCUUAUUGGGUCAACUCCAGGUCGAUACCAAGGUAAUGCAAAAGAAAAAUGGGGUCACCUUAAACUGAGAAAGCUUCUGAAGGAACAUGCAACACAAAUACCUGAUCAAGAUUUGUGGCCUAUAAUAGGACAAUUCUCAAGUAUUGGAUCAAUGGGAGUUGAUCAGUCCAAAUGGCUGUGUUCAGAAUUUAGAGAAAGUUUGGGGACUUUAGGAAGCAGUAUGAAGACUCUCACAAAUGAAGUUCCUAUCCAUCUGAUUUUCCCAACUGUGGAAAACGUGAGACAGAGUUUAGAAGGUUAUCCAGCUGGGGGUUCUCUUCCAUAUAGUAUGCAAACUGCACAAAAGCAGCUUUGGCUGCACUCUUACUUCCACAAAUGGUCAGCUGAAACUUCAGGUCGUAGUCAUGCAAUGCCACAUAUUAAGACUUACAUGAGAGUAUCACUGGACUUCCAGAAGAUUGCAUGGUUUCUUGUGACAAGUGCCAAUCUUUCCAAGGCUGCUUGGGGAGCUUUUGAGAAAAAUGGCACCCAGCUGAUGAUCCGAUCAUAUGAACUAGGAGUUCUGUUCCUGCCUUCGGAAUUUGGCUUGAACACAGGGUAUUUCCAAGUAAAGGAAAACAUGUUUUCUGAUACAUCAGUAUUGUCAUUUCCUGUUCCUUAUGAUCUGCCCCCUGAGAAGUAUGAAAGCAAAGAUCGCCCAUGGAUUUGGAAUAUCCCUUACACCAAAGCUCCUGAUACACAUGGCAAUAUGUGGGUUCCUAAAUGAAUAGUUCUUUGGUUACUUUAUUCUGAGUCAUUUGAAUACCUGUAAAAU